CCCGGGGCCUCCGCGUUCCAUCCCCCGGCGGGCGCGGACUCUGGGGCCCGAGGGACCUGUCGGGGCGCUGCAGGCGCGACCAGGCAGACCAUGGCAGACUUCACCCAGAAACGGGGGAAGAGGCAUGAUGAUGAGGUGCUGGGCAACGCUGUGGACUUCCUCUUGGCCAAUGCCCGCCUAGUGCUGGGUGUGGGCGGGGCUGCCGUGCUGGGCAUUGCCACCCUGGCUGUGAAGCGGCUCAUCGACAGGGCUACCAGCCCGAGGGAUGAGGAUGAUGCCAAGGGGGACACCACACGUCUGGAGGACAGCUGGAAGGAACUGAGCCUGCUCAAGCCCAAGCCACGCCUACGGCGCCGGCCUCCCCCUGCUGCCCUCAGCCAGCCCAUGCCACUCCCAACCCCCGCGUCCUCUGUGGCAGGGAGGCCCAGAAAUUCUGGUCCUCAGACAUUGCCUCACCUUAGCUUCCCAGCACCACCGUGCCUGACGUUCCAGGAGAAGCUACUGGCAUUCGAGCGGGACCAUGUGACCAUCCCAGCGUUCCACGUUGCUCUGGCCAAACAGCUGGCUGGUGACAUUGCCCUUGAGCUGCAGGCCUACUUUCGGAGCAAGUUCUCAGAAUUGCCCUUCGGGGCACUGGUGCCCAGUGGUCCACUGUACGAUGGGCUGCAGGCAGGAGCUGCUGACGAUGUGCGUAUCUUGGUGCCCCUGGUGCUGGAGCCAGGCCUGUGGAGCCUGGUGCCUGGCCUGGACACUGUGGCCAGGGACCCUCGCUGCUGGGCUGUGCGCAGGACUCAGCUUGAGUUCCGCCCCCGUGGGAGUAGUCCCUGGGACCGCUUCCUGGUAGGUGGCUACCUCUCUUCCCGUGUCCUGCUGGAGCUGCUCCGCAAGGUGCUGGUUGCCUCUGUCAACUGGCCGGCCAUUGGUGGCCUCCUUGGGUGCCUGAUCCUGCCCAGUGUGGCCUCAGAGGAGCUGCUGCUCCAGGUGCAGCACGAGCACCUGGAGCUCACUAUCGCUGUGCUCCUGGCAGUCACCAGCACCGACGUCCAUGACUGCCUCCUCCUGGCCUGGCCCCUGGAAGGGAUGGCUGGGAACCUCUGGCUGCAGGACCUGUACCCGGCAGAGGCUGCCAGGCUUCGGGCUUUGGAUGAGCGCGAUGCUGGGGCCCGGCGGCGGCUGCUGCUGCUGCUGUGUAGUAUCUGCCGUGGCCACCCAGCUCUGGGCCGGCUAGGCCGGGGCCACCUGACCCAAGUGGUUCUGCGUUUGGGGGAAGAGGAGGUGGACUGGGCUGAGGGAGCCUUGAGGGAACGUUUCAUGCAGGCUCUGGAGCUGCUCAUUGGAAGCCUGGAGCGGGCCAGCCUGCCCUGUCACUUCAACCCUGGUGUGAACCUCUUCGGCAGCCUGCGUGAGGUAGAAAUUGAUGACAUUGGCUAUGCGCUGUACAGCGGCCUCCAAGCCCCGGAGGGGCUGCUCUAGAGGGUAGGGACAGGGAGGCCAGCACAUGUUGUGAUGCUGGUGAGCUGUACACACUCCUUCCAGGAGUUUGGAGAGCACGUUUUUUUUUCGUUGCUUUUAGCCAGAAUAAAUGAGGGUGUGCUACCUAAGCCCACAGGAUUAGCAUGAGCUGGGGGUGAAAGUCAGCGGAGCCCUGGGCCUGGAGAGCCUGGGUUGCUGUCACCUAAGUGCACCUGGGCUGCCACUUAGACAGCCUGGAGGUCCAGCCACUCACACUCCUUUCCAGCCUCAGGACCCUGGGCUCUGUCCAUUGCCACCAGCAGUGAACCACUGACAGAACAUGACUUCUGCUGCCUCCAUUUUUCAUUUGAGAGGGUAGGUUAGCGCUUCCUCAGGUGCCAGCUCUGGCAUCUCGUGGCCCUGGUGCCGAAUGGGAAAUACCAUGUUUGAUUCAUCCCCCAGGGCCAGAGUCAACUGGUACCCAUGGGAUGCAGCAUUUAAAGGAUGGCAUUUUCCAAUGGCAUCUGUCUGGUUUGCUUGUCAAGCUCUUCAGGCUAGAGCAGGCGCUCAGCCUGACAUGCUGCCUACCUCGGGGGACGGCCCCUCUCCCUUCAGCUAGGAUGCUUCCUUUGGGCAGCAGUUUCCUGGAUGAGCCCCCUUGCCCCGAGCCCAGAGUCCCACCAGCUGCUAGUGGGCCUGGCUGGAGAACAGAGGCUGGGGAAGGCCUGGUGUGCAAGGCCAGCCUCCACAGUGCCCAACAGCACUGCUUCUGGCUGGUGCCUAUGCUCUCACUGACACCUGGUGGGGGGGGGGAAGGGAGGAGGGUCUGCCUGCCCUUCCAGGUGUCCCUCCUGUCUGGUGGCCUUCCUGCUGAAGCAAAGCUAUGCCUCAGAGAAUGUGAAUGCAAAUAAAAGGAAAAAAAUCGAACAUGUGACUUGUGCUGGGCUCUCAGGGGCAGUUGUUUAGAGUCUGCAAGGCCUGUGGCUUGGCCAGAGGGCUUGGGCUCUACCUGGGGGUGGUAGGAAUUAACUGGAAAAGCAGGUUACAUGGAGGUGGAGAGUGCUGGUAGGAUGUCUUGCUUUAAUAAUGGGAACCAACUGGUUAGGGUUUGCACAUUCCCAAAAGCCUGAACUCUGGUGCCCGCUCUGCUUUCUGGGGUGGCCUCAAAGCCCUUCAGCCAACAUCAUCAGCUUUCAGAGAUGUAAUUUCUCUACUUCCCUUGGCUCUCCUUGCAGCCCUAGAGGUGGGGGGCAAGUUCCCCACCUUGUACAAACAGGGGAGCAAGUGCAGCUGAAGCCAUAGGUGGGACUCACAGACAACACGAGGCCUGGGGUAGUCUCUGGGCCGUGUGCACUUGGGGUGCCAUUCCCAUUGUGCCUCUUUCCCAUCCUGUUCUAUUUCCUGAGGCAACCCCACACCACUUCCAACUGUGACUAUAAGACAAGCGGAUCCACCGGAUGUCUCCCCUUGUCCUCAGGGCGGUCACACGGAACAGAGAGGCUGUGUGCACCAAUGGCUGCAAGACCAGGGUGGCCUCUAGAGGCAAUGAGGGCUCUGCCCUCACUACCAUGUGGAGGUGGAAGGGUGUUGGGGGCUGUCCAGACACCUUGGUGCUCCACAGAAGAGGCUAUAGAUGGUCAAAGGGAGACUGGCUGGCAUGGGCCACACAAUCCUGUGGUUGAGCUGCUCCUGAGCGUUGACUCAUAACUGAGCAGCGUAAUGGCAGAUUAGGGUUGGCAAGGGAACAGGGGCUGAGCCUCGGUGUUCUCAUCAAUGAAACAGGGAUUGUGUAAUACCUACUUUAUGGGGCAGUUGUAGCAGCCACUCCUGCUAGUAACUACUGGGAACAGCGUUAACUGCCC